AUGGCUCCGACAUCAACAUCAAUGAAACGGAUGGGCACUACUCUGCGGUAUUCCCCUGGCCAGAUCAUCGGAGGUGACGGGUUGGCUCACACUUGCCCGCCGAGCCGGUGUGUGACAUAUUUCUUGGAGGGGCUGCUCCUCCUGGCGCCGCUGGCGAAGCAGCCGCUGUCCAUCCGGCUGAAGGGCGUUACCAACGGUGGGCCCGACGUCUCGUGUGACACCUUCCGGACAGCCACGUUACCGCUGCUGGCCAAGUUCGGCAUCAGCGAGCAGCUCGUAUUCAAGAUUCAGAAGCGUGGUGCUCCUCCGCUUGGCGGUGGUGAGGUAGUUUUCAGCUGCCCCACGCUGAAGGGCAUACAGCCUCUGGAGCUCCUGGACGAGGGGAAGGCCGUUGGGGCCCAGACCACAGACCUUCUCAUGCCCUUCGGUGGAUCGACUCUUUCCUCGGCGGCGCGCCGAAGGGGGGGGGGGGGGGAAGGUCGAGGGGGGCUCGCAGAGGCCCCCCCUGGCAUUCCAAAGACUGCCUCGUAA